AUGCCCACCCACGACGACUACGCGCUGGGAUGGGUCUGUGCACUGGCCCUGGAGAUGACGGCGGCGAUCGCGAUGCUCGACGAGAGGCACCCGCCGCUGCAGUCUCCGCCUACGGACGACAACGCCUACACGCUUGGGUCAAUCGCCGGUCAUAAUGUGGUGAUCGCCGGUCUCCUGUUGGGGAGCUACGGGACCAUCUCAGCGACCACGGUGCUAUCCCAGAUGCGAUCCACCUUUCCGCGGCUCGAGGUGGGCCUGAUGGUAGGCAUCGGCGGUGGCGUUCCUAGCGAGAGCCACGAUAUUCGCUUAGGCGAUGUGGUGGUGAGCAAACCCACGGGGUCGUGCAGCGGUGUCGUGCAGUAUGAUGCUGGAAAAGCCCUCCAGGGGGGCCGGUUCGAGCCAACGGGCACUCUGAACCAGCCUCCGCAGCUGCUGCUGACCCAUCUCUCGCUCCUGCAGGCGGAGAUGAUGAGUCGAAUCGGGGAGGCGGGAGGGUUGAUCUGGUCGGGGGUACAGCAGGUGCUGGACAGGAAUCAGGACUUGCAGGCGAAGUUCGGCUGCCCUGGUCCGGACGGGGAUACCUUGUUCCUGGCGAAGUACCCCCAUAGAGCCGAGGGCGGCCUAAACGACUCCUGUGUAGGAUGCGAUCGGCGUGAGACGGUGUCACGUACCCCUCGACCCUCGAUGGAGCCCCAUGUUCACUAUGGGAUCAUCGCCUCGGGAGACCAGGUGAUGAAGGACUCGGAGGCUCGGGACCGGCUGGGUCAGGAGCUUGGGAUCCUGUGUUUUGAGAUGGAAGCAGCAGGCCUGAUGAACCAGCUCCCGUCAUUGGUCGUUCGUGGCAUCUGCGACUAUGCCGACUCCCACAAGAACAAGGAAUGGCAGGGAUACGCGGCCCUUACCGCAGCGGUAUUCUCAAAGCUAUUACUGUCGAGGCUGAAGCCCAGGUCUUUGAAACAGUGGAACAAGCGCCGGGAGAUGAACGCCGAGAAAAGGGUGUGCUUCGCAGCCUUGUUCCACUCAGAUCCCCAGGAGGAUAAAGACGCACUAAAGCGUCGCAAAGGCGAGCGCGCAGCAGACACUAGCGAUUGGAUCCUGGACACUAAUGAGCUACGCCAGUGGCUCGGGGUCCAGGAACUGCCAAGCACCAAGCCCAGCCUCGACUUGGUGACAGGCGACGUCGAUCUCAGGGCAAAGCUCUUGUGGCUGUACGGCAACCCGGGCACGGGAAAGUCGACGAUGGUGAUCACAAUGACCGAGGACCUUCCCAAACGCUCGUUCUUCGACAGUACCAAGUCCCUGGCGUAUUUCUUCUGUGACUCUAGUUCGGCUAAAAGACGCAGCGCGAUUUCCAUCCUGCGGGGGCUCCUGUACCAACUGAUCAGAGGACGACCGGAAUGGAUCGAGAUGCUGUGGGCCAAAUAUGAAGAGAAAGGAGAGGCCGUUUUCUCCUCGUUCGAUUCAUUGUGGUCGGUGUUGAUGAGUAUCGGGGCGGACGCAGCCAGUGGGGACAAAUACUGCAUCAUCGACGCGCUCGAUGAGUGUGAGCCAAAGUCCCAAGACAUGCUCCUCGCUCAGCUCAAUCAGACCUUCCUGAGCCCCAACCGGGCAAAUGGCCACCUCCGCUUGCACAUCCUGAUUACGAGCCGGCCCUAUCCGGAAAUCGGGCGCCAUUUGAGCCGAUUCAGAAACCAGGAUCUCUCUCGUUAUCCCCGGCUGGCUGCAGAUCUGAAAAUCUUUGUUCAAUCCAAGGUUGCUGAGUUACACGACAAGAACCGGUACUCAGAAAAGGUUACCGCCCAGGUCUCCGAGAUCAUAGAAGAUAAAGCCGAAGGAACCUUCCUCUGGGUAGGAAUCGCCUGCGUGGAGUUGGCCUCUGUCCGGUCGAGGAAUGCAGUCCAAACCCUUCAGCGGCUACCCAGAGGGCUGCACGCUUUAUAUCAAAACCUCCUUGAAACCGCGUUCACCCGUGACGGUGGCGAGGAGCAUCAGACAAUCUUGCAGAUCAUGGGUGUCGUGGCGAUCACUCAGCAGCCACUCAGUGUCGCCGAGCUGGCGGUUGCAUGUAACCUCUAUCCAGAUGAAGACCGUGAAAGUCGCCUGAACUUUACGCGCGAAGACAUUGAGUUGUGUCGCCUGAUGGUCAUCGUGCAAGAUGGGAUUGUUCGGCUGCUCCAUAAGUCGGUAAGAGAUUUCUUGCUCCGCCGGGGGGAAGAUGGUGGGCAAUUGAUCGACCAUCUGAGGGCGCACGCGAGACUGGCCUAUCGCUGCCUCGAUAUCUGGCUGGAAAACCAUGAUUGUCUGCCCCCAUGGGGUGAGUCUCGACAUCCUGAGGAUGGCUUUCUCCAAUACGCGUCCCAAUAUUGGGGAGUGCACGCCCAUCACGCCCAGUCCGAAUUCCAGCUGCUGAAGCGACAUGAGAGCUUCUUCUGUACAGAAUCAAAGGCCAGGACGGCGUGGGCCACCUGGGGCGGGGAUAUCAAUGCAGAAUUUGCUAGUUCUGAGCAAAUCUCGGCAUUACAUGUGGCAGCAGCAUUUGGGAUUGUUGGGCUGGUGAAAUUCGCUUUAGACCAGAUCCAGCACGGCCGGACCUUCUUCCAGUGGCUAAUGCCACAGUCACGGUUUGACGACAAUCUCUUCGCUGGCAGGGACUUGCCUAGCCCCCUGCAGCUGGCAGCCAGGCGAGGGCACGUCGAGGUCAUGAAACUACUGCUGAACAACAAGGUGAGCAGAAUGACAAUACGAGCGGACGUGGUCGAAGAAGCAGCCCAGCAUGAAGAGCACGGUGAGCAGAUGGUGGCGAUCCUACUCGCCCAGGGUGGGAGCGAAGUGGAGAUUGACCAGACUGUUCUUGAAGCUGCGGCUCGGAAUCAAUCACAUGGGCGAUCCAUUCUGUCGAUGCUUCUCGAUCGAGAUCCGGGCAUCUCAAUUAGCCCGAACCUCCAGGUAGGUGUUACGAAGAAGCCGGUCGUGACUGGGCUAGCCAUGUCUCGACUGACCGAGUUGUAUGCCGGUGGAACCCGGCGCCCUCGUCAACUCAUGGUCAACGAAGUAAUAAUUCACGCGGUCAUUCGAAAUCAGGGGAAUGGGUCGUCCAUAAUGGCUAUGCUACUGGAUCGCCUUGGGGACAAAAUGCAGCUGGAUGACUUCAUGGUAGAGGAUAUGUGCGCGUAUCUGGACACAAGGACCGUGCAACUCUUUCUGAGUCGAAACAGGACCCGAAAAUCAUUGACCUCUGGGUUGAUCAGGUCGGCCACGCGCAACCGCUUUCAGGCAGGCGAGAUUAUGACUCUUCUGCUCGAGCAAUGCAAUCUUGCGGGUGUUUGUCCGCAACUGAUUCUUGAAAAGAUGUGCGAGGUCGCCAGCCUCGACCUGAUCGGAGAAUUCCUCGACCGACAACAGCGCCAGCUCCUGAUCACCCACAGUGUGGUUUCUACCCUUAGGAAGCGACCCGCACUCGGGGAAGGAGCGAUUCAUCUUCUCUUGGACCAAUGCCAGCGGCCAACGUGGGUCGUUGCUAUCCGGAUAUUGUCUACAUUCGGCACGGACAUAGCUCGCACUUUGCUCGGGAAAUACGACCAGAUCAGACUCUCGAGGUUGAAAAUCAAGGAAAUUUCGGAGAAUCGAGUAGGAGAUGCUGUUAUGAAGUCAGUAUUGCUUCACUCCCCGCUAGUUUAUCUGGGUCAAGCAGAGAUUGCUUUGAUUUGCCAGAUCUUCAGUCUUGACGUGAUCCAAGGCCUGUUGAGUCAACAGGGUGGCAUUGAUAUAACGAGGAUUACCGUUGAGAGCAUUUACAAGAACAACAACGGCAAAGAAGCUAUCAUGGCCUUGCUUCGGCAGCGCGGUAUGGGCAAAACCAUGCCAAUGGAUGCGAUUCUCAAAGUUUGUCAGCUGUUCGAUUCCGAAGUUGUUGACUUCCUCACACAGCAAUGGCAGAAAAUCGUAGUUUCCCACGAUCUCAUUCAUGCUGUCUUGGCGAACGAGCAGCACGGCGAGAGUGUGAUGAUCACAAUCGCUCGGCAAGCCGACCCAUGGCUGAUAGACCCAAAGUCUGUCGCCUCACUUUGUCGUCUAUUUAGCCCAUCGGUUAUCGACCAACUACCGAGUAUUUUUGCCUCCGAGGUUGUUGUUUAUUCAGCAGCACAAAACUUCCUAUGUGGCAGAGAUAUCAUGGUGUUGCUGCUCACCAAGUGUAACCAAGGGGUUCACCAUCUAACCUCAGAUGCGGCCGUGGCGGUAUCCGAGGUCUUUUCCGGAGACUUCGAGAUAGCCACACUUCUGGAUCAAAAUUUGGUGUAUCUAUCUCCAACGCAGUGGGAAGGCAUGUUAAUCGAAAACCCUGAAAACCUCGCCAGUACUUUAACGUUCUGCGACGCAAAUCACAUUUCCGUCAUGUUCGAUCAACCACACAGUUCCCCGGUUACUGAGGAUAUUCUGGUUUCUGGCGCCCGAAAUGUCGUUGAUGCAAAGAACGUGAUGCUGCUGCUUGUUGAUAAGUUCCAAGGACAGCCGUGCCCCAGCAGUGCCGUGCUUGAAGCCGCUGCAGGUAACGAAACCUACGCUAAGGAUGUAAUGGAAGUCCUCCUAGAUUGGAAGUGGAAUACGUUUCACAUACAUAAAACACUUGUCAAGAAAGCAGCAGUCAAUACCCACAGUGGGGUAGAUGUGAUCGAAUUAUUGUUAAACCGAUUCCCACAGCAUAUUUAUCUUCCGGAAUGGAUACUUGAGGCGGCGUUCGUAAGUGAGAAAAGGGCUGAAGAUAUCAUCACGCUGCUCUGCGACUUCAGACCCAGGAAGGCGAUCAGAAUUACUACAGGGAUCGUCAGGAUCGCGUCCGCAACAAACAAAGACAGUACCCUCUCUCAGAUUCUCGGCUAUCCUCGAACACAGGUGAACAUGCAGUGGGAGGCGAUGGCCGCAAUAUGCCAGCUUUUUGACUGUAGUGUUGUCUCCUCACUUCUGGCCCAUCUUGGCCGCGAGAUUAUACUCCCAGACGAUGUCAUUGAAGCAGCCGCAACGAACUGUGUGCAUGGAAAGGCGGUUUUGGAAUUGAUCCUGCGACACCAGCAGCCCACACAACAAACGAUUGAAAAGGGUCUUUUGGCCGCCGCCGCCGCCGACGUAAGGGACACAUUUGCCUUUCUCGUUACGCGGAGGGAUGAGAAUGUUCCUAUUCCUGAGGAUAUCAUAUGUGCGGCGGCCGGCAACAGAUGGGGAAGAUGCGAAGUGUUAUCCCUCCUUCUCGACGACCUCAAAUACAGCGCACCCAUCACGGAAAGAGUGUUCGUCGCCGCUGCUCAGUAUGGCAAAGAGGCAGUCUUCUUCCUUCUCAAUCGGUGUGGUCUAAUUUUGAUCUCGGACAACAUCUUCCAGGCAGCAGCUAGCAAUGAAAUACACGGGAAGUAUCUACUGGACCGAUUCGAACGGCAUCAGCGGGAAGUCCUGAUCAUAGAAAAUCGCUUCAGUAAAAACCGCUCUGUAUAG